CAUUCGGUCCUGCAAUGCUGCGUCUGCGUUGGAUUCAACGCAGCAUGUUACGAGGCUAUCACUUUGCACAAGCAGUCUGCAUAUUGCUGCUUUCACUGUACGUUUUGCUGUUGCUCCUGAAUCCCUCGGAGACCGAACGACAAUCCCCCGCUUUCUCUUCGUACCAAAGCCGAGCUUCGCCCGUGCAACAGCUCGGGAAGUCCGAUGGUGAGACCGAGAACCAUUCUGUUGUACCCCCUAACAUUGUCUUCUGCGCCCGAUGCGUACCACCUACUAUUAAGACGUUGGUGUACCGAAGACCUCAGGGCCUCGACAUAGAUGAGGACGACACAGCUUUACGGCACAACCCAGUCUUGCUCCUGACACAGGUGCGUAAGCGGGACCCCAAGGAUAACGUCGUCGUUUGCGUGACCUCUUCGCCAAAUAAUUUUGAAGCUCGGAAGGCAAUUAGACAUUCGUGGGGCAACGCAACCCAGAACCUGACCGUUCUCUUCUUCAUGGGUCGUCCGAGAGAUUUUUAUAUCCUCAAGAGAGUGAAGGAUGAGUCUUCAAGGCAUGAGGACAUCAUUAUGGAGAACUUGACUCCAAGGGCCAGAAACAGGGUAUUGCACGCAAUCCAGGCUCUACUGAUAGCGCGAAGGUUGUUCGAUAAUCGUAGUAAUGUACUCAAGGUUUACGACAACACGUUUGUGAACACACGACUAUUGCUAGGGAUCACAAGGGGAUUUUCUGUGCCCCCAGACCAGUUGUACGGCCGGAUCAGCUUUACGGGAGGAACAGCGCACCUACAGGACUGUGCGUAUCUGUUUCGUGCCUCCACCAUUACCACGCUCUGUCGAGCGAUGGCUGACGUGCCGAUGGACUUUCGGGAAGGCGUGUAUAUUACGGGAAUGUUGGCCAAGGAAGCAAAUGUUAGCCUCGUGAACACACACUUGAUCGGGUCCUGCACAGGCGGCGCUAUGGAGGUAGAUAUAUGCUCUAUCAGGUCUCGCUUAACCGUGCACCCUGUCACGCCCAAGAAUCACUACGACUAUCACAGAGCAGUUACAAGAGACGUGAAAUGUGUCCCUUCAGGCCAACGCCAACGCGGUAGGACGGCUGGUGGGUAGCAGUGGUUUAUACUUGAGCCAAUGCAAGUGGGACAGUGCCCUACGAUACCUCUUUGUAAUAUUAAACAUUGUAAUAAUAGCUGUAAACCGCCGGUUUUCUCAACGUUGUCUUUGAAACCCGGCGGAGACCGCCAUGAGUUCAC